AUCCCACAGAAAUUUCUUUCUAAGGAUCGUAGGAAAACAACAUCUUGUCGCGACAAUUUAGUGACCAAAUCGCGUCGAACAAACGAAAAAUCUCGAACUGAAGUGACAAGUGAGGGUGUAUGCAGAUUUUCGUGUAACGUUUGUAUCGAGUUUAUAUCAGAAAACCGCGAAAUUUGUAUCAACCACGAUUUAUCUUACAACUGACAUGGCUGCCGAAUGAGGCGAGCAAUAAGUCUAUGCGCAACAGGCUUCGAAUCUAGCGAAAUACACCCCAAAAAGUGUUACACCCUCUCUUGUAAAGUGCUUAUUUUGAAUCGACACAUUUGGUGGAUAUUUUCUAUUUGGUGAUAUCGUGGUUUUAGCUAGAGACGGUUGAUUCUGGCUAAGGAGUCUUCAACAAUUAAAAUAUUCUCAAAAAACUGGACAACCGUCAAAAUUCGAAGACGAAAAAAAGACUGUAUCUCAAGCUUUUUCAGGAAUGUGAAGACGCUGGAGACGAUGACGGACCUCGGUGCAGGCUGGUUCGGACGUUAAUUCCGACCACAUGGCUAACCAUGGAGGGCUCACGUCCCUGCCGCGCGCUCACCGUCCGCGGGCGCCUAUAAUGAAUGUUCCUCCAAUAACGGCUCCAUUGGCACCGUUACGGCCCGCUCCGCCUGUUACUUUGAAUGUUCCUAGGCCAGAAAAUGAACGCGCCACCAACGAAUACGUCGAGACCCCUUUUAAGGUAUCGUCGCCGCCGGCGACGAGCCCUUCGCCGCCGCCGCAUCCUCCAAGGACCCUGCAGAGGCCAACUAGGCUCGUAUUACCUACCAUUAGCAAGCAGCCGACGUCGACACAAGCGGCGGCUGCUACAUUUAGCAAACAACCGCCAUCGGAAUGUACGUCUACAUCGAUCGUGUGUCCGGAGUGUGGUGGGUGUAGGUGCGAAUCAUGUCAAAUACCUCGGGCGCUACCCGAAAAGUGGGUGUGUAAUUCCUGUCUCUUUUCCGCGGAUAGUGUCAUUGACUAUGCUUCUUGCUUGUGUUGUGUCAAGGGAUUAUUCUACCACUGCAGCGAUACGGACGGUGGGGAAAGUUGUGCGGACGAUCCGUGCGGAUGCGGACCCGAUAGAAGGACGGCUCGAUGGAGCUGUCUGGCCACCCUUUCGUGCGUGCUACCUUGCCUUUGGCUUUACUGGCCUCUUAGAGGCUGCAAGAAAGCGGUGGAAGCUUGUUACGUGCGCCGUCCAAGAACUGGUUGUCGAUGUAGACCGCCUCUACCUACGCCGGAAAAAAGAUUAUUGGACUCGAGUUCAGAUUUUUAGUUCGCGAAUUUUAUUCACGACUGCCCAUGUGUACCUACUAUUUUAACUUUACAUUAUUAAUUUAUUUUUUUUUUUUUUUUUGUAAAUAAGUGUAUUUUCUAACUGUUUAUAACAAUGAUAUUCCGUGCUUCUCUACUGAGUGCCCCCGUUGGAAAAGACGGUCUAAAAUAUUCAUCGACGAAAAUGAACAACAGAAAUCGAAGAAAUUUCAUACAACAAACGAUUCGUUUAGAUCUGAUCAAACUCAUUUCGAAAUAGCGUUGAGCCAAAAAACAACUUCAACCUUCACACUUUUACCACGAGAUACAAUUCUCCAAUUCAAAAUUCUUCACGCUAAGCACCAGGAUUGGUACUUGACAUUUGGCGUUCGAAAAUGGUAAUGACCAUCAACGUUUACCAGAUUUUCUCGUUGGUAACAAUGUCACCAACAGGGUAUAGACGAAGUUACUUUCUGUCGGUUUUUCUGGACGCGAAUCCAAAGUACGUAACAAAGUUAACAUAGAAAUAGAGAGUGUGGAUUACAAGAACUCCUUUGGUUUCCGCUCGAAUAGCAUCUGGAUUGGACAAAAAAUCGUUGUUUUUGAUCGUACGCCAUCUUAAAGUUAAAUUAAUGACUUUUCCUCUUAAAAACAGACAGAUACAUGGUUCAUUCACCACAAAUUUUCGUGGUAUUACUAUAUAUGUCAGAUUUUUUUUGAAAUUAGAAUGAAUCCUGUCCGUUUCAGCAAAAGGAGUUAACCGUCUUGAAACUCGAGGGAAAACAGUCUCUCGCGGGAGUAUUCUACGUAUUUUGGGUGUAUAUAUUAUUGAUAACCCCAUUAUUUGUUCUCCAAAUUGUCUAAUUCCUCUUCGUUUCAUAUUUUAUCAUCUUACUUCGUUUUUUUAUAGACAACGUGUGUCUUUUCUAGCUGUUUCAGUUCAAGGGCUUGGUCUUAAUCAAUCUAGGUUAGAUUCGAAACAUCAUCGAUAGUUUUGGACAAUUUUCUAGUCUUCUACGUGCUUUUUUAAGUUUCUGCAGUCACUAUCGACUAUUCCCUUUGAGAUAUUUAGCGCGGAAAGAAAGUCUCGAAACUUAAACGUCACAUCUCGUAGCACGAGAUUACCUUUCAUUUUUUUUUUUUGUUGUUCAGUUUCGAUUUUGAAUAUUUUAUGGUAGUUUUGGCCAUAAAUAUUUAUAUUUUAGGUUUUUUUUUUUGGGAGGGACGGGGGGAAAUUAAUUGUAACGUUGGCCGGGCACCAGUGAACCACCGCGGGUCUCCAGUAUUAUCUAGUCCAAAGUCGAGGUAGUCUUUUAAAUUGGUUUUUGUUUUAUGAAAAUCAUAUCGAGAGAACGUCUACGGGGACGGUUGAUUUUGUACAAGAUUUGGAAAAAAAAUUGUUAAGACUGUAAAGACCAAUUUAAAGUGACGUGAGUGUGAAUGACAGAAUGUUUGCGUGUUGUAUGUCUUUGGAAUUAUUCAAUUUUUUUUUUAAAUAAUUUAUUAAAUAUAUUUUCAUGUUAUGGUGGAUGCUGAGAGCUUUAUUGAGGGGUAUUUUCGAGAAAAAAAAAACAUUGAACAGUUGGUUUGCCGUACCUAUUAAUUUUUUUUAUUAUUAUAGAAAGAAAUAUAAAUAUAUAAUUCCAAAGAAACACAAUUAAUUAACAAAAUUUUUAGUUCGCUAUUCAACGUAUCCAAUCUUACAAAAUUUAUUAUAGUCCAGUCAAUUUAGGUACGAAUUUCGGAAUAAGAGAUAUCCGGCGAUAUAACUGCCCUCUAUCUCAAAAACAGUUCGAUAUAUAAAAUUUUUUUUUAAACAAAAGUUAUAGAGAAUCUAUUUUUGUACAAUAUUGAUAAUAAAUACAAAUAGCGUAAAAUCUAUAGGUAAGGAGAUAUUCGGAAAAAAUUUGGUGACGUUUCAUCUCCGAUUUUUACAUCAAAUCAUGGGGUAACUUCGUGGUAUAGGAAAAUUUAUUAUUUACCCUCAAUGCUUGAUCAUUUUCUGCCUUUUUUGUCAAGUUUUUCCACACGUUUGACAGAAAUCGUCGUACUACGUGCAGUCUUCGUCGAACUACACGUAUUCAAUCCAAUCUAUUUUCUUUUUGGUCCUUGUAUAAUCUUCUCCACAACAGACGCAUGAAUUUUCCCCAAAAUUUAGUCCUUUUUCUUUACGAUUGCACAUAGUGAAACAAUUUCUCGUUUUCCAACUGGUUUUAUCUUUUCUGGACAAUCCUACAAUAAUUUUUCCGAUUUUUUUAUCGUUUGGUUGAUUUGUAACCUCAGUUUUUGCCGGAAAGUCAGAAUUUACGUCGCUCUAAAACCAGACGAACUAUUUUGUACAGCAAUCGUCUUUCUUCAAAUUACAUUCGGAAGCUCGCGCCAUCUAACGUGAUUUCUAAAUCAUAAACGACACGAUUCAUAAAAUUACGCUUUAACUAUUAAAAAAGCUUCAGUCCAAAGACGAUGAUGACUACAAAUUCCAACAUUUCGACUGAAUUUACUAGAAAAACCAGAUUUUUGUGCCAAAUGGUGGUCCAAAUCUUGUUUUUUCCCUUUAUUAAACCGACUGUUUUUUCCUUUUUGGUGGAUGUUUCCGUCCACACAGCUUUAUACCCCUUUCUGAUAGACAGUUCGCUCGGUCUACAAUUUAGUUGAAGACCCACUUCGACGAUAGCUGGUUCAUCCUACUUUGGGGUUCUGAUUCACGAAUUUCUGGAUGACGUCAUAGAUUAAACCAGUCGUAACCAGCUUUUCCAAUUUUAUUAUUAAACUUGAGUUUAGUUCUUGUUUUACGAAUUGGUAAGCGAUGGUUCUGUUUAAUGAAAAAUUUCGUUUUUGUAUAGAUCAUGCCCGUAAUUUUCUUUUGAGAAUUUCCGGUUUUUGUUUUACGUUUUAAGUUGAAACGAAUUUAUAGUUUCGUAUCUCGUAUUCCGAGAUGAACACCCUAAAUUGACUGGACUAAUAUGGGAAUUACGUAUAUCGUCAUUUUAAUGAAAAAUUGUAUGCGAAUAUAUUAAUAUUUUUGAAAAAUAUAUAUUUAUAUAAUUGAUUUAGGCAGAAUUACACAUUACAUACUUUAUUUUUUUUUCCAACAUCAUCCCAUUUAUAAAAUUUAACUUUUUUGCUAUAAAAUUCAUAAAAAUUGUAUUUUUUAACAUUCUAAAAGUCGAUUUACAAAUUUCAACUGCUUUCUAGCGUUUUAUAAUACGGGGUAUAUCAAAAAAGUAACUUCCUUUUGGUUAUAUAUAAAAAAACGUGUACAGAUAUUACGUCACUCAAUAAGUCACGUGACUAACUAUGAAAAUCAAUUUCAUUGAUCAAUUCAAAAGCAAAACAAUCCUUCCAAUGCUUCUCCAACUUCUCGAUGUCGUACUUGUAGAAGGAUUUGUCUUUUGCUUCAAUUUCAACAAUUGCUUCUUCAUUAUACCAUUUUUUGAGAUCAACGAAUAGUCAGUAGUCCCUGAGGGUUAUAUCUGGAUAAUACGGUGGAUUAGUAAGCAAUUCGAUCAAUUUAAACAACGUUGCCGUUAAUCAGUCCAAGGUCUUGGUGAAUCAGCGAUUUUUUCUUCGACAUUUGAGGCCGUUUUUUUCUUGAUUUUUGCAUUCAAACGAUCCAACAACUCAAUUUAGUAUUCGUUAUUGAUUAUUUUCGAUGGAUUACAUUUUUGAAGCCAUUGCUGAGCUUGUACAGUUUUCUUUUCCAUCAAUUAUAAAUUAAUACACUUAUUGAAAAAAUCUUAUGAUUCGGAUAGGUAAUGUUCAAUACACAAGGCUUUUGGCCUGUCCAAACCUCUUUCUAUUGUUUUGUUCAUCUUAUAAAAUCAAUAAAAUCCCGAAAAAUGUGCUCUAUCGAAACCUAAAUAAGACAGACAUCACGUUAUAUCAAACAUAGAUUUAAACAACAUUCGGAAUGUGUAGUAGCUAAAUUAUAGAUUAAUUGAAAUGUCUGUUCGAGACAAUUCGAUAAAUUUCUAUUUUCUUUCCUAAUAAAAUCGAAUUAAUAGUUGUAUCACGAGAUUAUAUAUUAAUUUUCUAGUAAUUCUAUUUAUAAUAUUUGUAUUAUCAAAUAUGAGUUAAUUAAAUCAAUUUAAUUUUAAUUAAUAAAUAUUUCCUCAGGAUAUUCGUCGAUAUAAUAUCAAAACAGUAGAAGUAAUAAUUUUUGUUACGUAGUCAAAAUCUUUGUUGAAAAAUAAUUAUAGUUAUUGUUGAUAACAUCCCACGAGACUUCCAAAACCUGUUAUUGAGAUUAGGUUCUUAGAAACAAUCAAUUUUUCUCUAAUACGUGACGUGGAAUCAUUUUUCCUAUUAUUUCUUUUAUUUCCUGUCAUCGAAUUCCUAGUUUUUUUCCCUUUUCUCCCAUCUUUCCUAGUUUUUGUUCCAAAAGGUUAUAAGUUUAUCUAUUUUCUUGUUCAUCAGCAAGAUCCAGCUCUUUUAGGUGCUUGGUCACUCAAUCAACAAAGGCUCGUCAUAUUGGGGGAUCCAAUGGACCCAGAACCCACUCUUCUUGUGGCUACUACGUCUCUCAACGAUUUGCUUGCGAGACAAGCUCUGAAGAGAUGUAUAAAGACACCUGGCAUGAGAUACCUGCUGUUUCUCACUAUGAACGAUAAUUUGAUGCUUGGAGGAAAAAGAAACUCCAAGUAGUGCUUCAAACUCCGUCCUCUAUCUGUUUCAGCCACUGUAAGAAGUGGUUCUGGUACCAUGAAGAGCUUGUCUGCUCCAGAUUCCGAUCAUCAUGUCAGCAGCAAUCCAAAAGAGUUUUUAUCGAAAGAGGUUUUUGAAUCGGGACUUUUUCCUGGACCUCCACGUGUUUUCUUUGUCGAUCUUGAUCUAUUUCUCUAACCUUGUUUUGAUUUUCUUUGUAUCUAUGUUUGUUAUACAAAAUUUUAUAAAUGGGAUGUAUUUAACGAUGUGUCACCUUGUAUGUAUGUCCUGUGGUGUGAUAAGAAAACGCUGAUAAACCUGCCUAGUCAAUUUGAUCGUUCAUAAGCGCAAUCUAAGAAAUAUUUAAACGUACUUUUAAAAAAAAUUAAAUCAACGAUUUUUUUUUCUAAUAAUUUGUAUUUGCUUCGAUAAAACCAAAAAAAAAAUGUAUAUAUUUUGAAAAUUAUUGUGUUCCACGUAGAUUGCGUUUAUUUUUUUUGUACUAGUACGACUAAAUUUUUUUUUAAAUCUAUCUGCGAAACACAAAUGUUUUACAAUGAAGAAAAACACCAAAAAAAAAGCAUUAAAUGCUGACGUAGAAAAAAUAGAAAAAACAUUUGUCAUUGUAAAUAGAUGUAUGUACAGAAUGGCCUUUGAAAAACAAAAUUAUUUCGUCUAAAUGGUAAUUAGUUGUUCGAAAAGUGAUUUUCAAAAGCCAUCCUGUAUAGAGGAGGGCAGUACUCUCAAAAUGUAUGUGCCGAAAAGGCGCAAAACUAUUUGUAUACAUGUAAAUAUGGAAUUGUAAUAUUAUCUAUAAUGUUAAUAACAAAGAAAACAAAUCUAUUCUAAUUGUUUUAUUUCAAAACAACCCCAACUACAACCCUCGAUAAGUGAACAAAAAAUCUUGGAGCUUCCAACAAUAUGUUAUGAACAGCAACUACCUUUUUUAUGUUUUUUUACAAUAUUGGAUAUAAUACACAUUUCUGUUAGCAAAAAUCAAAAAUUCUACCUAAAAGUAGAGACCCUAUUGCAUCAAGACCAAAGUCAGCGAUAAGUUCCCAGCGCACUGAAGAUUGCAUCCAGAAUUUACCCCAAAAAAUGGCGAGUUUCAUCGAAUACGCGGUACCAGAAGAAAAAUAUGCACCACCGAAAGAGAUGGCUCGAAAAUCGAGUCUAUCGCUGGUGUUCAAGUCCAAAGAGAUCUCAAAGAAAAGUUACUGGCACAAAAUUGACCCCAGCCAGUUACUGACAAACAAUCUGUGCGAUAGAAGAGGACGAAUCUAAAGGGAGACCUGGAGAAAGAUUCGCGAAGAGUUGUAUAAAAGAAAACGUUACUUUUGAAGAAGGUUACUGGAUGAUUAAGGCGGAAAUUUCAAAAAAAGCAAAGACUAAUGGUUUUAGAUGCUAAAAUUAGAAAAAGAAUCGAAAAAACAGAUUUUUUGCUAGUGACUAUUGACCGCGAGCGUGCUACUUAGUCGAGUGUACAAUCCCCAAAAAAAAUCAUACA